GGAGGAGAAGGAGGAAAAAGAGGAGGAAAAGGAAAAAGGAGGAGGAGCGCACGGUAUCCUGUGGCAUGGCAGGUGAAGAAGACUUCUUUUUGGAGGAAAAGAGAUUCAGGCAGUUCUGUGAAGAGUUUGUUAAGCAUUCACAACAGAUAGGAGAUGGCUGGGAGUGGAGAACUAGCAAGGACCUUGGUGAUGGUUAUCUUAGUAAGACACAUUUCCAAGUAAGAAACAGACACAUCCCACCAGACCUCAAGGAGAAAAACAAUGAUAACGCUGAACAAAUAUUAUUUGCACAUGUAGAAGAGCCCUCGGAUGAGUGCCAGGCCGCUGGCGUGUGCGGCACGGAAGAAGUGGUUCGCUACGAGUACCACGUCCUCUACUCCAGCAGCUACCAGGUGCCUGUGCUGUAUUUCAGAGCCUGCUUCUUGGAUGGAAGGCCUUUAACUCUGGAUGAAAUAUGGGGGAGUGUUCAUGCAUCCUACCAGGCUCGUCUGCAGGAGGGGCCCUGGGACACUAUUACGCAGCAGGAGCACCCCAUCCUCGGGCAGCCUUUCUUUGUGCUGCACCCCUGUCGAACCAAUGAAUUCAUCUCUGCUGUGCUGAGAGGCUCACAGGAGCAGCACAGACACACAAAUUACAUCACACUGUGGCUCAGUACUGUAGGCCCAGUUGUGGGCCUGAAUCUGCCUUUGAGUUACGCAAAAGUGGCACCUCAGCAGAGCACAACUGUGGCUGAAAGGGCCCUGAGCUGAAGGACUGGGAGUGGUUAGGCUGUGAUAAAGCUGCUGCAGACUUCCCUGGGGGUGAAAUGGAAGGGUCCUCCCUGGCUGCUCAGCCAUGCCAGAGUGGAAAUGGUUGCUCAUGGCUGUUUUUGUGGCCAGAGCUCACCACUGAGGAUGUGGGAAUUGGCUGCAGCUGUGGGAGCACCUCCCCAGCACCACCCAGACCUGAGCUCCCUUGAAGUCACUCAUGUCCUGCUGAGGCUGCACACAGAUGCACAAGCCAGAGCCAGAGCCGCUGGAUCCACUGAACUUACCUCUAGAAAAUCUGCACCAUCUGUGGGGCAGAAAGAGCAAUAUAGAAAAAUGCUUGCGGGACGUGGUGUGAGUGUGUGGAGCCAGGCUGUGGGCUGGGACUGGGAGGCACCUUCUCCAGCCCGUGUUCCCCAGCACACAGAACACCCUCAUCCCGGGAAUGUCCCCACACAUCACCCCUCAGGGAGCAAAGGGGGUCAGGGCUGUCACACACAGAGCCCUUGGAGCCUGCACGGAGUGGGCAGGCCCAGCUCUGCAGCUCAGGAGCCUGGAGCAGCCCUGUGGGAACAGCUGGCUCUGCCCUGCUCUGCUGCUGCCGCGCAAGCUCUCCGUGCCCCUGGGAGCUGCUGCUGCUCCCAAGCAGUGUUCCUCCUUGUAGCUGUGGUGGUUCACAGGUUUGCUCCCUGCCCUGACAGCUGUUGGGCUUUGGGGGUUGCCUGGUGGUGCUGCCACGGGGAGCCAGAUGAUGAGGAGCUCCCUGACCACCCGUCCUGGCUUCUCUCCCACUCCCAUUUUGUUUGCAGCGUCAAACAGAGUCUGAGCAGCUGAUACUGGAGCACAGAUUCCACCCUGCACAUUCAGCAAUUGUCACUUGCACGCAGAGUCUAGGGCGUGCCACGUCAGAGCUGGGAUUUCACAUUUCCAGAUUCUCUUUUUUCAAAUUCUGUUUAUAAUUUCCAUUACUUGCCAUUGGUGGACAGGGAAUACAGAGUGCAGUCCUUCAAAUUCCAUGGGCGCAGAAUUUGUUUGCCAGACAUUUGGAAUUAAUAAUGAAAGCACAUAGUUUAUUUUGUUCUGUGUCAUAUCAACCUGAAAAGCCAUUUUCCCCAUGUAAGAUUUACAAAAUAUGGCCUGCAGCUACAUUGAUUUUUUUUUAACACUUUUGGUAACACAUGCUUGAUAAUUGCAUCCACAGCCCAUUUUUAAAUCUAAGUGAGACUUAGACAGGAGGAAGAGCCAACAAAAAGAGGUAACAGCAGGUUUAAGAGCUGUUAAAUGUUCACCCCUCCUCUGUCAUCUUCACUUGUGAUACCCUGGAACAGUAGAAGCACUCAGCCUUCAAAAUGUGGAAUUUAUAUGUAAAGGAAAAUAAAUAUUUGUAUUUUACACUGAA